AUGACGCCAUCAAUACCCGCCUCAACCACCAACACCACCGCCGCCGCGAGUGCAGCGAAAGAAAAGGACGCCUCCGGCCUGAUUAAAUUUGAGCCUUCCAAAAUGACCUGGCGCUGGUGGCAAUUCCAGUAUAGGAAUUACGUCAAACUACACAAAAUCACGGAUGGCGAAGACCAGAAAUGUCUACUUUCCGAUUCCCUCGGCGUCGAGGCUGGAGAAAUGCUUUUCUCUAUGUGUUUGCCGGCGAACCCGGACGAUUUCACCACAGCGCAAAUUGUAGACAAACUUGAACACGCCUUCGUGAAGAAGACCAACGCUGCCACCGAGUGGGCCAAUUAUUUUAAGCUCAAACAAGAACAGGGUGAAUCCCUGUUGGAUUAUUCCAAUAAGCUCCGCCGCAAAGCCUUUCCGUGUGGUUUUCCAGCCGAUGUUCUUGAAAAGAACAUGUCGGCGACCUUUCUUAAUGGUCUCGCCAGCGACGCUGUACGGGAGCAUCUCCAGUCAAAAACGUACUCCACGUUGGAGGAAGCGCUGGAUAUUGCGGAGAAGUACGAGCUCCGGCGUAGCACCAGAAAGGGUCAAACCACUGUCGAUGUGGCGCGCGUGGAAAGCGGGAAGCGAAACCCAGCGGGUAAUGGCUACAGAAGGCGUGACGGCGCUCGUGGCGGACAACGAGGCCGUGACCUUGGUGGUGCACGCAAGCCUGCUGGCGCAGAAGGCGGCAAGGGUGCAGCCUGUGACGGCUGCGGAUCCACGCAGCACGCACGAAGCGACUGCUGGGCGAAAGAUGCGGAGUGCAGAAAGUGCAAAAAGCGCGGCCAUAUAGCGAAGGUCUGCCGGAGCGUACAGAGCUCCAGCGGUCGACAGGGACGCGAUGGGCGCCGAACGUUUUUGGUGGAGGAAGAGUUCGACGUGCUCUCUGUCGAUGCCACCAGCGGGCGCGCCAUUCACGUACCGGUGAAAAUAAAUGGUGUACCGGUGUCACCAGUGCUGGAUACUGGCUCCGGCGUCACCAUUGUCGCCUCGGAAACCUGGAGAUCGAUCGGCUCUCCAAAAUUAUCACCGUACACCAAUCCACUGAAGAGUUUCACUGGCCAUACUUUAAAGGUCAUCGGCACAGCGAUGGUGGAAGUGGCCCACGCGAGAACGCGGAAGACGCUGCCGGUGAUUGUGGUAGCAACGGGUGGAAAUGUACUUGGACGAGAUUGGAUACACGCGUUGAAUUUAAGUCAGCUGAGUUUGCGUGACCUCCAAAUCCCAGCGGUGUGUGCUGUCUCGGGAAACGUCCAGCUGGAACAGAUCCUUGCCAAGCACAGUGCUGUCUUUCGCGAGGAACUGGGCCAGUGCAAGCACUAUAAAGCCCAUCUGCACCUAAAGCCAGGUGCCACGCCGGUAUUCCGCAAGGCGCGACUUGUUCCGUUCGCCUUCCGGGAGGCCGUGGAACGCGACAUUGACCGACUGGUAGAGAAGGGGAUCCUCACACCAGUGGAGCAUGCAAAGUGGGCAGCACCGAUCGUCGCAGCGCUGAAGCGUGCUGGGGACAUCCGGACGUGCGCGGAUUUGAGCACGGGGCUUAAUGACGCACUGGAUGUGCAACAGUAUCCCCUCCCGACGCCCGACGAGCUGUUUGCAAAGCUCAACGGCGGUCAGAAGUUUAGCACGCUCGACCUGGCCGAGGCCUAUGCGCAAGUGGAGCUUGACGAAGAAAGCAAGGCGCUGGUGGUGAUCAACACCCACAAGGGGUUGUUCCAGUACAACCGCCUGCCGUUUGGUGUAGCCAGCGGCCCGAGCAUCUUCCAACAAAUCAUGGAACGGAUCCUCCAGGGGUGCGAAGGCGUCGCCAUCUAUCUGGACGACAUCAUCGUCACAGGUGCGACUGAUGAAGAGCACCUCCGGAACCUGGAGCGGGUCCUACAACGCCUCGAGGAACACGGACUCAGGCUGAAGCGCUCCAAGUGUCAGUUCCUCCAGGACUCGGUAGAAUACCUCGGGUUCGCGGUGGACAGCCGAGGCCGGCACAUCUCACGCGACCGAGUGAAGGCGCUUUUGGACAUGGACCGCCCGGCCAACGUGAGUCAGUUACGUGCAUUUCUCGGGCUGGUUAACCACUACGGCAAGUACGUGCGUGACCUUUCGACGAAAUGCAGUCCAUUUCACCAGCUGCUGAAAGCGGGAGUGCAGUGGUCAUGGUCCAAAGAAUGCGAGUCACAGUUUCUGGCCAUCAAAGAAGAAAUAGUACGGGCAACGUUUUUGGUGCAUUAUGAUCCAGAAAUGCCUCUUGUCCUGGCAGCGGACGCCUCGCAGUACGGUGUGGGCGCCGUGCUGUGUCAUCGGUUCCCGGACGGCACGGAACGACCGAUUGCGCACGCAUCAAGGACACUCACCGCAGCUGAGAAGAACUACGGGCAAAUAGAGAAGGAGGCACUUGCCCUUGUUUUCGGCUGCCGCAAAUUUCACCAGUAUAUUGCUGGUCGCGAAUUCACGUUGUGCACGGACCACAAGCCGCUGCUGAGUGUCUUCGGAAGCAAUAAAGGAGUUCCGGUCGUGACAGCCAACCGACUCCAGCGAUGGGCACUACUUCUCAUGGGCUACUCCUUCUCAAUCGAGUACCGGCGCACCGAGGAUUUCGGCCAAGCCGACGGCCUGAGUCGCCUGCCACUCCAUUCGACCGAACUGGAUGGACUGAGCGGGCUGGGAAUGGACAAAGUGGUAAAUGCGGUACACGAAAACAACGUGUCACGCUUGCCUGUCAAAGCAGAAGCCAUUGCCAAAGCAACCGCCGAAGACCAGGAUCUGUCCACGGUCCACGGUUACAUCCUGCAUGGAUGGCCGGCCACGGUUGAUGAGCGGUUGCGUCCCUACAAACGACUAGAGAAUGAAUUGGUGCUGACCAACAACUGCAUUUGCUGGGGAUCGCGCACGGUAAUUCCGGUCAAGCAGCGUCGGCAGAUACUGGACUACCUGCAUGAAGCGCACAUGGGAGCCGGUAAGAUGAAAGGCGAGGCACGCGCCUAUUGCUGGUGGCCACAGAUGGAUAAAGACAUCGAGCACAUGUCUCGUGAGUGCCGGAUCUGCUCGGAACGCGCUAAGGAAACGGCCAAAGCACCGCUCUCGCAGCGGGAAGUGCCCGAAAGCCCAUGGAUGAGGCUGCACAUGGAUUUUGCCGGUCCAUACCACGGCACAAUGCUGCUGCUGGUGGUCGAUGCCAUGUCCAAAUGGCCGGAAGUGGCGCAAAUGAAACACGCUACAUCCGAUGGCGUGUUGGAAACUUUGCGCAACCUGUUCAGUCGGUACGGCGCUUGUACCGAAAUCGUUACGGACAACGGCACCCAGUUUACGUCACAGGAGUUCGCAAACUUCUGUGCGGAACACGGGAUAAAGCAUCUCAGGACACCACCGGGACACCCACAAUCGAAUGGACAGGCGGAGCGGUAUGUCCAGACCAUCAAGGACGGAGUUGCGAAACUCAUGGCUGACCGGAAGAACCUGUCCGAAGCACUGCGGCAGUUCCUCUGGAGAUACCGAGGCGCGCCGCAUGCAACAACCGGAAAGUCGCCAGCGGAGUUGUUCCUGGGUAGAAAGUUCCGUACUCAGCUCGACCUGUUGUCCCCUGUUAUGUUCACACAUACGGAGAGAAACCGCCAACGAUACCAGCACAAUUUCGACAAGCGCACCAAGCGGAAGAGUUUUACGCCUGGCGACUUGGUAAUGGUUCGCGAUUACCGUCUCAACCGAACUGUCGACUGGACCAGCGGCCGGCUGGUCAGACGUGAAGGCACCCGGAUAUGGGAAGUGUCUGUCGAAGGCGCCAUCUGGCGCAGACACCUGAACCAGAUCCGACCGAGAUAUUGGCUGCAGCCGGAUGAGCGACGUACCAAAUAA